UAGUACCCAAGGUCACUAGGCUGUCAAGGUUUUCUUGUAUUUUGUAAUAUGUAACUGUGCCUCUGUAGUUUGUUUGGCUUACUGAUACUUCAUUAUAUGUACAUAAUGCAGCCAUUUGUUCAUGUGUCUCCAGAAAAGUCCAGUGAGAGGAAUCUUGUUACCAGUGUUAUGGGUGCUCUAAGUGAUUAUAUGCCCAGGAAUCAGUAUCGUACGUGUGGCUCCACAGAACAGGUGUUUAGCGUGAAAUUUGAGGAAUGUGACGCAAGCAGAUGUAACCCCGCCUACUCUACUGUUUUAUCUCUAGUCACUUGUAAAGGAUCAUACAUAUGGGGAAUUUCGUUUGGUGGUAAUGCCACCCUACUGUAUGCAGAGAGAAAUACAUGUACAAUAGACCUUAAGCUGCUCCCUACUCCUCCACACACUGGUGAUUCCUUGUUUUCCAGCAGACCUCUCAUGGCUAUCUGUGAUACUUUCAGUUGUGCAUCUUCUCAUUGGCAGGUGCGGUUUAUUUCUUUGUGCAAUCGCAAAGUAGUUUUGUCGUAUUACUUAGAGUCGAAAGCGCUCUCAGUAGAUGCAAACGACAGAUUUGUUGUAGUAACACGAACUGAUUCAAUAACAGUAUUCUCAGCACUAACUCUUACAGAACUCUAUACGAUAGCAUAUGUAAAAUCAACACUUUGGCCAGAUCUCUUGCCGAAAAGUGUACCUUCUUCGCUUGGGGUUCGUUGGUUGGCCUUCGCAGAUUCUAAGCCUAUCUACCAACAUUUGUCCCGAUGUGGCGACGCUAGUACAGAUGAGUCACAACCUUUAACUACAACAGUAUUGAGUAUGAAUAAGCGUCUUUGGGAAGGGAUUUCGGCCCUGGCUACUUCAGUUGUUUCUAGUUCAUUGGGUCCGAAUUCACCAAAUUUGCGUAAUAAUCAUCUUGAUUCUCAACAUCAAGUCCCACAAACAACUUUAUCAGAUUCGUUUCCACAACAUGGAUCUAGUCUAAUUACUUCAGAGGUGAAUAACUCAUCCAUAUCACCCGGUUACGUAACAAUAAUUGAUUUGCAUACAUUAAAUUGUGAACAUGCGACUUUGCGAAAACUUGAAGAUGCUACGGCAUCAGUUCGUUUAUGUUCUGCUGGUUCAAAUCUCUCUGACUCAUCAAAUCAAUAUAAUAGUACUAAUCAAAGAGCUCAAUCAUGCUCUCCAAAUAAUCAACACACAAGUAUUAAAAUGUCAGGAGUGAAAUAUUUGAAUGUUCAUGAAUUUGGUGGGUCGGGAGCCAUUGUUGCUCAUUUCAUGGCUCAUCGUUGGGCUGGUGUUGCUCUCUUAAAGUUUGAUCCAUCUGGAAGUCUGUUGUUCACUGCGUGUAAACGGGGUCACUCAUUCAAUUUAUUUCGUAUUGCUAAUCAUCCGUUUGACCAGCGUCAAACUGCUGUACAUCACUUAUACAUUUUGGAACGUGGUAAUUUACCAUGUGAGAUUGUGGAUGCUACUUUCUCUCAUGAUUCUCGGUGGGUAGCUGUGAGCAGCAAUCAUGGGACUACACAUGUUUUCCCUGUUACUGCUUAUGGAGGUCCGAUCACUGUUCGUACACACACUCGACCUCACGUUGUGAAUCGUACUUCGAGAUAUCAUAGAUCAUCUGGUUUAGAAGAGUAUCAUCUAACUAGACCACAACCUGAGAGAAGUGCAACUGAGUCAACUGGAUUUAGCGGUAACUCCUCUAGCAAUUCUAUCAAUAUUCCGUGCCACAUUCCCCAGUCUAGUUCUAUGAAACAUCCUUAUACUAUCCGUAGUCAGUCGUCUGGUUCCGCAUCUGGUGCGUCCAGAGCAACUUCGAAUUUUUGUCAAACUGCACCAAUUGCAGGUUUUGCACCUCAAUGCCCUCAUCUAGGAUUCACAGCUUUCAUGACUCCUCUCAAGGAAACUACUGACUGUUGUAUUAAUGAGGGGAGUUCAAAUUCUUCGUCGAUUCUCUCUGGUGAUUCAGCAUUGUCUGAUGCAUCACACUUUUUCACGCAUUCAAAUCCAUUUUCUUCAGAAUCAUCCAGUAGUCAUCUUCAUGUUUCUGAACAGCCUACUAUGUUGUUUCUAAAUAGUGAAGGAUUAUGUGCUUGUCCACCGAACGCGUUGUAUAACACUACUAAUUCUCGGUUGCCUCCCUAUCCAGAACCUUGUCGAGUUAAAGCUGAAGCAAGAUUGAAACCAUCUAGUGGUAGCAGUGUGACAUCUAUUGCUCGAGGCGCCGCCAGUAGUGCUUUUGAAGCCGUAACACCUAUGAAAAAUAUAAAUGCGGUAAUAGUUAAUCGUCACUUAUCAUCUGUUAAAUCAUGCUAUUCUGAUCCUAAUCAUGUUUACUGCCCUGAAGUUUGCACAUAUACACAAUUACCAGUUAGUGCAGCAUCUCGUUCUUCUUUUCAUUCACGCAAGCAUACUCGGCGUCACAGAAGUGGGCAAUCACUUCAAAAUUUGAAUCAAGAUAUAUCUAGUCCAACAAGUAAUAGUGUUAGAGCUGCACGUUUUGGACCUCCUGUAUGUUUCCUUCCAAAUCAACUUCGUCUAAAUAAUGUAUCUUCAGACUAUCGUAGUGACCCGUAUGUCGGAAAUUCUCGUGCUGUAGAUGCAUUAUUUAUUUUGACAGCCGAUCUUCGCUUAAUAGAAUACGAUUUGUGUGUUAGUGCAGAUGAUACAGCUACAGUCGGUGGGAAAUUAUAUCAGGAUGGUUCAAUUCGUCUAGAUUGUGUAUCUGUUGGCGAAUGGAAUUUACAUACAGAUGCUGUGUACUUGCCUCCAUUUCCUAGACAGCAUCCACUUAUUUUAGCCUCGUCUACACUUCAAGCAAGAUGUAAAACAAAUAGGCUUAAAUCGGACUAUGCUUCUAAUUUAAAGAUGGAUGGUCGAACUGAAAUUUCAUUAGAAUCUGACAACAAUCUGUCGUCCAGAUCUACAAAUUACGAAAAAGUUAUAUCAACGUUGAAAUCCAGUUUACCCCCAGCUAAUAGCAGUCAAGUGAAAUCUGGAUUGUUAGAAAUAAAAACAAACACCGAAGAUAAUAAUAAUGAUAGUAAUAAGAACAAGAAUGAUAAUGAUGAAGAUGAUACAGAUGAUAAUGUCGUCACUCCUGCUGGAUGGACUGCUGAAGAUGUUGCUUCUUACUGGUAUAGUCAAGUUGAAAUAACUACACAUUUAGGACCUUUACGUCGUGUUUGGAUGGGUCCACAGUUUACUUUUCACACUUAUUCAAAACAACGUGACUGGAGUGGUUGUGAUCUACGGCUUUCAUCAUUCAAUAGUUGUAGUUCUUCAGAUAAUAACAAUAUACCUAGUACCACACAAAUUGGCUCCUCUGGAGGGAGUCUAAAAACAGCAUUACAUCCUACUCUUUUAGAAGCAUUCACAUUAAAUGCACCAUUUAUAUUGCCGCCUAUAGUAGAUAUGACUAAUGAGUUAUUAAUUAAAGAUCGGUAUCCUGGCACAUUCAUACCAUCAUCACAUGGUUCCAAUAGUAGUUUAAAUAUGAUUCCAUAUCAAGGUUCUUCUUCAACAUCUACCUCCUCUGUUCAUGCUUUUAUUCAUCCGCAUCCUCAACAUCAUCCAAAUAUCGCUUUGGCCGCAAUUAAUCGUAAUACCACUUCAUCCAAAACAAUUAUGUUACCAAGGCUACCAUCAGGUUUAUUGUUGGAUUCAAAUGCUAAUUUCAACAGUGCACAGUUAAGAUGGCAUAAUUCGUCAGGUGAACCAACUCGUCCACUUAGUAUUGCUGGUGGUUUUGGACCAAGUGGUGAGGCGAUUGUAAUUGAAGGUGGGAGUUAUCAAGACUCAAGUUUGGGUAGCUCUUUAUCUAGUUUAGUUGGUCGCGGUACAGAUGAUUUGGCUCAGUCGAUUGCUGAAGCUAUACAAGAUGAGGAAACUAACUGGAAUGCAGAUAAAAGUUCUACCAAUCUACCACAAUUGUCAAGUGUUAAUAGUAAUCGUGGUGUAUGGCAGUUCAGUGUUAAAUCUACUACCGUCUCACCGGGUUCAAUUAAUAUUAGUGGAGGUAGUGGUCCAGGAUUAUUUCGACUGCCUGAUACUGGUAAUAUUCCAGUUCAUUCGGUAUUAACAGAAGCUGAUUUCCCCAGUCAAGAUACUUCACCAUCAUCAGCUAUGGAUAAUUUUUCACCAAAACAUGAAUUGUUAGACAAUUCAUUGAUUAAAAUGAACAAAAAUUCUAAAGAAAAUAAAACAAAGAAUAACAAUACAAACAUUAUUUAUCCAAAUGAAAAUGUAUCAUCAAACGUUAAUAUAUUGACACAUAAGAGUGCUAAACGGAGACAUGGUAAAAAAAAGUCAAAAAUGAAGCGUCAUCCUGUUGUCAUUAGUGAUGAGUUCACUGCUCCAACUUCAGCAGUAACAAUAACAAAUCUUUAUCCAUCAGGUUAUGAAAGUUUAAGCAGUUCACCAAUAAUUCAAAAUUUGUAUUAUAAUUCUUCAGAUUUAUCAACAUUCUCAUUACCAGGUGAUUUACAAGUCAAUACAACAUAUGACAGUGAUAAUAAUAUGAUGAUGAUGGCUAGUAGUCUAUCCAAUCUUCCUUGUAAUCAAAAUUCAUUGGUCGACAAUGAGAAGAAGUCAAGUAUGGAAACAUUUCAAAUUGAAGAUAAUUCACAAAAUAAAGUGGAGAAUUCUAACAAGAUAAAAAAUUUCGAUGCUGUUAGUGAUGAGAGUGAUAAAAAUUGAUAGGCGAAAAAAAUUGGACAAACUGAUGAAAGCGAUGGAUAGAAUUAUCAACCAAACUAUUUAUUGUGUACAAAGCAUCUGCUGACGCAAUAUUUAAUUCAUAAUAAUUAUUAUUCAUGAAGUUCUGUGUCAUUUGAAGAAGCUUUUAAUGAAUCUUAUGGUAUGUUGUUCUUGUCUCUCUUGUGUUUUACUUCAAGUUGAUUAAUUGUAGUGUUAUUAUUUUAUGAGAGGCUGUUUGAAAUAAUCGAUCUUUAAACAUGUGCCCUUUUUUUUCUUGACUUAUUAAUCUAGUUUUAAGACAAGUUGUCAAUAGUUUUUAUUUGAAGAAUUAUGCUUAAUGCACAUAGAUAAGUUGAAUAUAUAUCUAACAUAGGAUAAAUGAUCAUAGUGUAGAAUGUAUUCAUUCCUAACUCUGAAAUGCUGGUUUCAAUCGAGCAGGAUACAAAAAAUGGAAAAACAUGUGUGGAAGAAUUAAAUAAUAAUGAUUAUAGCAACAAAAACAAGAGUAGAAUUUAUCUAAAAUACAUUUAUGAUAAAUUGCAUACCUCUUAGAUAUUUCUCGCAGUAUUUCUAAAGAACAUAAAAGUAAGUUACGACAGGAUUACUAGUGAUUUCUUGGACCUUAUUAAGGAGUUGUGUUGAAGUGACUGGAACUAAACCUCAGUAAAUAUAACAUUUCUAUGAUGGUUUUAAUUUAAAUGCUUUUCUGUUUGUUCCACUCAGUCGGACUUUUAGAAAGCAGUUCUAGGUAUGAAGUUGAAACAGUGUGCCUACAACGUGUUCAAGAUGUUAAACACGAUGUUACAAUAUCUUAUGACUGAUUGAACAAAGAUCUCCAAUUUAUUUAAACACAUUGGGAAACCUCAAGAUUACUUAUAGUAUGUAUAGCAAGUACAAUAAAUCAUUCAGUGAUAACAAAAUAUGAAGUAGAACUGUUGAAUAUUGUCAUUCCUGCAAAAUGUACAAAUCUAUUUGGAUCAUAGUAAUUUAAAACCAAUAUUUUAUUAAUAGACAGAUGGAAUAAUUGAAUAAUAUAACACACAUUUGCAUAGGAUAGAUAAUUUUUGUUCCAAUAUAAAGUCGUAUCCUCUUCUAUUGAACCAUUAUGAAUCAUAACAAUAACACGUUCGAUUGAUAUUUCAUUUAUUCACAUCUGUUUAUGUACCCAGGUGCUAUUUUUCUACUAUUUAGAUGUUAUGCCUCUUUUUCGAAUUUAGGAUUUCAUUUUUAUCCGCUCCCUCCAGUUUACAUUCUUUCUACAAUAAAACACUUCAAAAUAGAAAAGAGAUAAGCAGAUUUCUGUCCAUUUUAAAGCCAUUCUUUUUUCAUUAUUUCGCUUCUAUCAAUCAACCUAUUAACACAACAGAGAAGCAAAAUACUUCUUGAUCAUGACUAACGCUGCCGUUAUUUGUUUAUUUUCUCGAAUUGCUUUCUUCCCACCAUAUUAACAAAACAACACACUCAUCCAUACUGAUAACCUAUAUUUUGUUUUGCUAGCUUUUGUUUACCAUCUUUCUGUUAUUUUUGUGUGUAUGUCGGUAUUAUUCUUCGUUGCUUUUUGCCCCCGGUUACGGUUAAAACGUGUAGCCUGAUAUUCCCUAUCUCUCUUCGUAUGCACACAAAUUUACUUAUCUGUAAAAUACGUAAUGGACAAAAUAUAUUCGAAAGUGUAAUUAAUAUCCGUUGAACGUUUCUUUUCCACUCCUUUAUUCCUUUUGUGCGCCAGAAUAUCUGUUUUACUACAUUUUAAGGUUUCUUUAAAAGUAUAAAGAGAUUGAUAAUAAUAUUAUUGUCAUUCUAGCAAAUAUAUAAAAGAUAUACAAUAA